UGUUGACAAAUUUUAUCCUGAAAUCAGUCUGAUUUUGGUCACGCAGUUAUUGUGGACGUUUUAGGUGGAAUUCAUAGAUUUUUAAAUUGUUUUGUUAAAUUUGUUAUCGGCAUGGCCGCCUUCAACCUGUCCACCUUCCCGGAGGUGUGCCGCCUGUGUCUGCAGUCCAAACAUCCGGACGAGCUAGUGCCGCUAAAUUCCGACCGACCCGCCUACGGUCGCACCCUGUCCGAGCUGCUUGGCGAUCUUACCGCGAUGGUCAUUCCUCCGGAGGUGGAGCGCUACCUACCUUCCGAGGUUUGCUCGAUGUGUCUGGAGGUGUUUGAUUUCUUCUGCAAGUACCGCCAGAAGGUUGGGUACGUGCAUCGGUUCUUGGUGGCGUUUGUGCAGGUGAAGCUGGGUGAUGAGCGACCGCUGCGGGAGCUGUUUGCGGACGAGUACUUUCCUAUAUUGCUGAAGGAUUUGGAUUUGUGCAAUAAGGACGAGCUGGUGGUCGAGGAUAUGAUUGAGGAGUACUCGCAGUACAAGAUCGCUUCGAUGCCGAUGGGGGUGGCGGCGAAGGUGGAGGAUGAGUGCGAAUCGACCACGGUGAUGGUGGAGAUGCUGGACGUUAAGGAGUCGUUGCUGGUUGAGCGACUGUUGGAUGAUGUGGGGGAGGUUGGGGGAGGGUUGGAGAACAUCAUUGAAGCGGAAUCGGUUCAACUGCUUCCGGUGGAAGGGUCUGAGGUUGGGGUUGAAGAAGUUCCCGAUAAUGAGUCGGAUCAGGAGUUUGUUGAGGAACUGGAAUCGGCUCAAGAACCGAUUAAAAAGGAAGUCUUCCAUUGUACAAAGUGCAGAUAUAAAACGGUGUUGAAGCGGACAUUUGAAGCACAUUGUAGGUUGCACGAGCGGAACGACCAUCUGGAAGGGGUUCGAUGCCCCAACUCGUCCUGUUUGAGGGUAUUUCCCAACAACGAGGAACUCCAGCGGCAUCUCCGGAAAGACAUUCAUAAUCUGCACGUUUGCGACAUCUGCGGGACGGCGUUACGCCACAAACAUUCGCUGGAAAUUCAUCUUGCUCGUCACACAGGAGUUCCCAGCUUCAGCUGUGAAUAUUGCUCAUCGUCGUUCUUCACCAACACUGAGCUGAAGAAUCACGUCAAGUCGAUCCACACGAUUGGUGAGCUCUUCCGCUGUUCCGAGUGUGGUUCCAGCUUCAAAAGCAAGAAACUUCUUAACCAGCAUCUGGAAUCGCACCAAGAACGCAAAUUUUCGUGCUUGGCUUGCGAGUUUUCGUUUAAAACCAAGCAACACCUUCGACGGCACGUCGUGACGGUCCACCAGGAGGUUCGAUUCCACUGUGACCAUUGCGAGAUGUCGUACGGACGGAAGGACAAACUACGAAUGCAUCUGGAGCGAGCUCACAGCAUCAAAACCCACUUCACGUGCGACAUCUGCCUGCGCACCUUCACCACCCCGUCCGCCCUGGAAGAGCACCGUGGCCACCACGCGAACCCGAAGCCGCUCGAGUGCGCGCGCUGUCUGAUCGUGCACCAGGACCAGCGCACCUUCGAUCGACAUCUCUGCAUCAGCUAUCGGGAGGAUUACGUGUGCUGUGAGCGUGACUUCAAGUACCACGGCCCCUACAACCGACACAUGCUGCAGGAGCACGGCCAACGGACGAAUGUCCGCGUGCGGCCAUCGGAUGACGCCAGGCUGCGUAGCGAGAGAAAAUUGGCGCGAUGUCGACGGUGCCGGCAGGGCUUUGAAGGCGUGGCCGAGCGGAGAAAGCACGUGGUCGAGUGUCGGAGGAGGGCGGCGAAGGAAGCGGAAGCGGUUCGCGCGGGGACGUCGGAGAUGGGAGAGGAGGAGCGUUUGGAGGAGGGCGAUGACGACGAAAUGAUGAUUGACGAAGUGGAGUAUGUGGAUGAGGAUGAGAGUUGAAAAAUUUGGACCAAGUUAGCGAAA